AGGAGCGAGCAUUCGGCCGCGCGAGGUUCUGUGGGAUACAGGCGGUGCUCUGCUUCUCCGCCUCCUGCUGGGUGCGGAGCGGCUCCGCUGAAAGCAAACGAGCAAGCGAAAGGCAGGGAGAAAAGGGACGAGACCCGACUAGGGCAUGAAGAUGGCGGACGCCAAGCAGAAACGGAAUGAGCAGCUGAAGCGCUGGAUCGGCUCCGAGACGGACCAGGAGCCGCCCGUGGUCAAGCGCAAGAAGACCAAGGUGAAGUUCGACGACAGCGCCGUCUUCCUGGCUGCCUGUUCGAGCGGCGACACCGAGGAAGUGCUGCGCCUGCUGGAGCGAGGCGCCGACAUCAACUACGCGAAUGUGGACGGCUUCGCGGCACUGCACCAGGCUUGCAUAGAUGAUAACAUAGAUAUGGUGAAAUUUCUUGUGGAAAAUGGAGCCAGCAUUAAUCAACCUGACAAUGAAGGCUGGAUACCUCUACAUGCGGCUGCUUCCUGUGGAUAUCUUGAUAUAGCGGAAUACUUGAUUAGUCAAGGAGCAUAUGUAGGAGCUGUAAACAGUGAAGGAAACACUCCAUUAGAUAUUGCUGAGGAAGAAGCAAUGGAAGAAUUGCUUCAAAAUGAAGUAAAUCGACAAGGGGUUGAUAUAGAGGCAGCUCGGAAAGAAGAAGAGCGUAUAAUGCUUAGGGAUGCCAGACAGUGGCUUAAUAGUGGUCAUAUAAAUGAUGUUCGGCAUGCAAAAUCUGGUGGUACAGCUCUUCAUGUCGCUGCUGCUAAAGGGUAUACGGAAGUCUUAAAGCUGUUAAUACAAGCAGGGUAUGAUGUAAAUAUUAAAGAUUAUGAUGGAUGGACACCACUUCAUGCAGCUGCUCAUUGGGGAAAAGAAGAAGCAUGUCGAAUACUAGUUGAAAACUUGUGUGACAUGGAAACUGUCAAUAAAGUGGGUCAAACAGCAUUUGAUGUAGCAGAUGAAGACAUUUUAGGUUAUUUAGAAGAGCUUCAAAAGAAACAAAACAUGCUUCAUAGUGAGAAGAAGGAGAAGAAAUCACCUUUAAUUGAAACAACAGCCAACAUGGACAAUAAUCAGUCUCAAAAAUCAUUUAAAAAUAAAGAUACUUUGAUCAUUGAGCAAGACAAGAAUCCAUCAAACAUUGAGUCUUUAGAACAAGAAAAGGGUGAUGAGGAGGAAGAAGGAAAAAAAGAUGAAUCCAGUUGCUCUAGUGAAGAAGAUGAGGAAGAAGAUUCAGAAUCCGAAGCAGAAACAGAAAAGAACAAAUCUAUAGCCAAUAAUUCAAGUACUACCAAUGUGCAAGCUUCUUCGAUUGUUGUAACAACACCAUCUGUUCCUACUGGUCAAGUGACACCUACAUCCCCUCUUAAAAAGUAUGACUCUCCCUCUCCUCUCAUGCCUGUGAUGGACUGUGUAGAUCCUGCAUCAUGGAGGCAGGGGUUACAUAGAACUGGCAUUAUUCUUGUGCCAAGUAAAGGUGAAAAGUCUCUGUUUCCAACUUCAACUAAGAUUUCUCCCAAAGAAGAAGAACGAAAAGAUGAGUCUCCUGCUUCUUGGAGAUUGGGUCUUCGAAAGACUGGCAGUUACGGGGCUCUGGCAGAAAUUACAGCUAGCAAGGAAACUCAGAAAGAAAAAGAUUCAACAGGUGUUAUACGUUCAGCUUCAAGCCCUAGAUUGUCAUCUUCGUUAGAUAACAAAGACAAGGAGAGAGAUACAAAAACAACUAGGCUUGCAUAUGUGGCACCUACAAUACCAAGGCGGUUGGCCAGUACAUCAGAUAUUGAAGAGAAAGAAAAUAGGGAUUCUUCAGCCAGUAUAAUACGUGGUAGUGGUUCUUAUACUAGAAGAAAAUGGGAAGAAGAUGCAAAGAAAAAUAUCUCAAAUGAAGGAACUGCAUCACUAAAUUCAAGCUAUCAGAAAAGCAGUUCCUUUGGUAGAAGACAAGAUGACUUGAUUAAUACUAGUGUUCCAAAUACUACAUCUAUAUCAACUGUUACCUCUCUCACUGGUCUUCAGAAAAAUCUGCUUUCUAGUACAAGCACUGCUGCAAAGACCACAACAGGUUCAGCAACAUCAGCCAUGCAAAGCAGUACCUCAAAUCGUUUAUGGGCUGACGAUAGCACUGAGAAAGACAAGGACAAUGUUUCUACAGCACUGACUGUUCCUGUUGCACCCUCAGUUGUAAAUACUGGGGUUACUACUACUGCCUUGACUACAACUACUACUGGUACUGUGUCAUCUUCAGAAGUCAGGGAGAGACGCAGGUCAUACCUCACUCCAGUUCGGGAUGAAGAAUCAGAAUCCCAAAGAAAAGCUAGAUCAAGACAAGCAAGGCAAUCCAGGAGAUCCACACAGGGUGUAACAUUAACUGAUCUCCAGGAAGCUGAAAAAACAAUUGGUAGAAAUCGUCCUACACGAACUAGAGAACAAGAGAAUGAAGAAAAAGAAAAGGAAGAAAAAGAAAAACAAGACAAAGAAAAACAGGAGGAAAAGAAAGAAUCUGAAACUAAAGAUGAUGAUUACAGGCAAAGAUAUGCACGAACAUUAGAGGAGCCUUAUCAUCGUUAUAGAACUACAUCUUCAACUGCUUCAUCAACUUCUUCACUAGCUACUUCUUCUAAUUCUUCAAGUCAAUUGAAUAGACCAAAUAGCAUUAUAGGUAUAACUUCUGCUUACUCAAGAAGUGCAGCAAAAGAAAAUGAGAGAGAAGCAGACAAGAAGGAAGAAGAAAAGGAAGAAGAUAAAUCACAAACAAAAUCAAUAAGAGAAAGACGGCGGCCAAGAGAAAAACGAAGAUCAACAGGAGUUUCUUUUUGGACUCAAGAUAGUGAUGAAAAUGAACAAGAACACUUGUCUGAUUCAGAAGAGGGAACAAAUAAAAAAGAAGCACAGAGCGACAGCCAUUCAAGGGAGAUGUUGCUAUUUUUGUUGAGGGGGCAGGACAGAUAUGACACAGGGUCAUCUGGAGAUCGCUAUGAUUCAGUAUUAGGACGGACAGGUUACAGUUACUUGGAAGAUCGCAAAUUAUACACAAGUAAACUAGAAAAAGAAGAUACAUCUGACUUUAAAAAGCUUUAUGAACAGAUUAUAGCUGAAAAUGAAAAACUGAAAGCACAGUUACAUGAUACAAACAUGGAAUUAACGGACCUUAAGCUGCAGUUGGAAAAGGCAACCCAGAGACAGGAAAGAUUUGCUGAUAGAUCUCUGCUAGAAAUGGAAAAAAGGGAACGAAGAGCUCUAGAAAGGCGAAUAUCUGAAAUGGAAGAAGAACUCAAGAUGCUACCAGAUCUGAAGGCUGAUAACCAGAGGCUAAAGGAUGAAAAUGGGGCCUUGAUUAGAGUGAUCAGCAAGCUUUCCAAAUAGAAUUUGUUUAUUCUCAUCAGCGAAUCAUGGGAUUGCACAUAAUGAGUAACUCCAGUGGACCAUAGCAUGGAAGUCACUGGAUGCCUGGGAAGAUUUCUUGGAAACUGUUGUUUUCAGAUAUUCUGCCAAAAGCCCUUUUACCUGGGUGUGUGUUUUUUAAACCAGGAUCAUAUUUUCAUGUGUUAAAGCAGCUGCUGAGAAGACAAAAUGACUGAGAAAUCUUGUUUACAGCUACUGCAUAUAAGGAAAGUGUUCAAGGCCUGAUAAGCCUCAGAUAUUUAACCAGUAAGCCUUAGUUGUACAUAAACAUGUUUAAAAAAAGCUUUCUGCUAUCACAGUUACUUUAUUUUGUUGUUUCGUCACUGUUUCUGGUUUUCCCCCCUUAUUUUGAUUUUUUUUAAAAAAAUAUCUAAGUUUGGAUUUGUGUGUUCCCUUCUAAUUAUUCAUGUACCAGAUUUUUUCUUUGUACAGUAUUCUCACAGCUUUAUAUAUACAGAGACACACAUCCUUUAGAAAUACUACAGUGUAACUAACUAAUCCUGUAUUUUUCAGUCAUCCACCCCAAAAUGGUUUCAAGGAACCUUUGCUUUCACAGUUGUGCAAUAUGCAUUUAUUUCUAUGAAAGAUGCUUUAAAAAGUCAACUGAAAAUAGAUUAUUUGAAUUUUUUGGUCUCUAGCCUCAAUUGGUCACUUUUUCAAAAGAAAAGAAAACGGACUGUAGUGCAAAACAUUAGAUUCUGUAACCUUCACAUUAAUUUUAGUAGGUACUGAGUGAUGCUGUAUAUAUUAAUGUAUAUUGUUUGGAUUUUUCAGACCCACAUGAUACGCUUGAAUAAAAAUUCUCUAUUUGCAAAUACAGUAAAUUAGGCUGCCCCAGAUUAAAUGAAUAUAUAUUCAUUUUUAUGAUUUAAAGUUUAGAAAAAUGAGUUAUGGAGCCACUCUUCAAAAAUAUGUCUAAUUAUAAAAAACCUUUUCCUCCCAAUUUCCAGUUGAAUAGUGUUCACUUUAAUAACACUUAAAUAGAACAUAUUCAAUACAUUUCACAUAUCUUUAUUUGAGUACAUCCAAACCUGCUGUGCUAGUCAAAGUAAACCUCAAAGGCAUUUGAAAGCCCAGCCUUUUAUUUUAUACAUGCACUGCUGUUGCCAUGUGAAGAGGAUCAUUUUAUACAUUUCAGUGGCCUUCUAAAAAGUAUUCCAAUGAAGAUAGCUUUUGUUAGAAAAAAACAGCUUUUAUAUGUUCUCUAAAAUGAUUAAAUACAGCUGUCUUAUUGGCCUACAGACUAAUGCCUAAAAAUCACUGAACAGUUCUACCGCUAAAAUAAAUUGUACAUUGUAAAGCUUGUAGUAGCUAUUGUAUUAUUGAUUGUAUACUAUAUUAAAUGUGAAUUUGUACCCCUUCAUUUUAAAAGGUCAUUGUGUUCUACUGCCUACUUCUUGGGGAACUACUUCAUUUUGGGGUGGAAAGGAGAAGGAUUGGGUGACCUAAGUCCCCUUUGUGGGCUGGACAGAGGUAGAAUGGGAAGAUUUUUUUGAAGAUGUUGUAACAUUUUGCUCUUACUACCAAGCUCAGGAUUCUUGAUUCUAAGGUACAGUACGAGGAUAGUUCUGGGGUAUCUUGUUACAAGUUAGGUCUUUAUAACUUUAAAGAUGGACAUGGUCUUUCAUGCUCUUAAGCUAAUAAACAAACCAAGCAGAGAAUUGUUCCAUCUGAGCAACUGUGACACACUGAGAAAUGUUGUGGAUUGGUUGGGCAUACUGUGGAUUAUAUUUGGUAAUGUUUUGGAUGCCUGUGAAUGAUUAAAUAUGUCUCUAAUAUUUUAGUGUUUUUAUAUAUAGGUUAUUUAUUCUUUCAAAACUGGCUACUGUGUUGCAUUGAUUUUAUUGGUAGUAUUGAGCAGACCUUGCAUCUGCAUGAAACUAUUUGCAAAACCCACUAUUUUGCAAAAAAAAAAUGUAUUUUGACAUAUACAAAUAAAAUGAAUAAAAUAAU